AUGGUGAGCAAUGGACACAGGGAACUGGAGCCAGGUAACAGAAUUCAUCAUCUUGGGCUUCCCCCAUCUCCAGGGUGUCCAGAUUUAUCUCUUCCUCUUGUUGCUUCUCAUUUACCUCAUGACUGUGUUGGGAAACCUGCUGAUAUUCCUGGUGGUCUGCCUGGACUCCCGGCUUCACACACCCAUGUACCACUUUGUCAGCACUCUCUCCUUCUCAGAGCUUGGCUAUACAGCUGCCACCAUCCCUAAGAUGCUGGCAAACUUGCUCAGUGAGAAAAAGACCAUUUCAUUCUCUGGGUGUCUCCUGCAGAUCUAUUUCUUUCACUCCCUUGGAGCGACUGAGUGCUAUCUCCUGACAGCUAUGGCCUACGAUAGGUAUUUAGCCAUCUGCCGGCCCCUCCACUACCCAACCCUCAUGACCCCAAUACUCUGUGCAGAGAUUGCCAUUGGCUGUUGGUUGGGAGGCUUGGCUGGGCCAGUAGUUGAAAUUUCCUUGAUUUCACGCCUCCCAUUCUGUGGCCCCAAUCGCAUUCAGCACGUCUUUUGUGACUUCCCUCCUGUGCUGAGUUUGGCUUGCACUGAUACGUCUAUAAAUGUCCUAGUAGAUUUUGUUAUAAAUUCCUGCAAGAUCCUAGCCACCUUCCUGCUGAUCCUCUGCUCCUAUGUGCAGAUCAUCUGCACAGUGCUCAGAAUUCCCUCAGCUGCCGGCAAGAGGAAGGCCAUCUCCACGUGUGCCUCCCACCUCACUGUGGUUCUCAUCUUCUAUGGGAGCAUCCUUUUCAUGUAUGUGCGGCUGAAGAAGAGCUACUCACUGGACUAUGACCAGGCCCUGGCAGUGGUCUACUCAGUGCUCACACCCUUCCUCAACCCCUUCAUCUACAGCUUGCGCAACAAGGAGAUCAAGGAGGCUGUGAGGAGGCAGCUAAAGAGAAUUGGGAUAUUGGCAUGA